UCAAGUUUCUCUCUCGAGCCUCACGUCUCUCUCUCUCUCUCUCUCUGCAAAAACUAAACUCCAAAUUUGGUACCUACCUUGACUAGAGUGACUUGCAACGUGCAAACAAUGACUCUCUUCUCCGGCAAGCAGGUAGUCCCGGUGGACUACGAGUCGGAAGUCUCACAACGGCUUCUAGAAGCAUCACUCUCCGGAGAUCUGAAAUCGGCCUUAGAGUGCAUCGCCGAUCCGUUUAUUGACGUGAACUACAUUGGAGCUAUUUGUUUGAAGAGUAGAAAGAGUGAGGUUGUUUUAAAUGACGAGUCAGCCAGUGAAGUCUCUUUUGAUUAUCAAGAGUUAAAGACUGAUGUUACUGCGUUGUUUCUCGCUGUUCAUGCUGGAAAUGUUGCUCUCGUCAAGAAAUUGCUGAGUGUUGGAGCUGAUGUCAACCAGAAACUCUUCAGAGGUUUUCCGAUUACAGCAGCAGUGAGGGAGGGCCACCGAGAGAUUCUGGAGAUCUUGCUUAAAGCCGGGGCAUCUCAGCCGGCUUGUGAGGAGGCUUUGCUUGAAGCGGGAUUCCAUGGGCGAGCUAGGCUUGCAGAACUGCUCAUGGGUUCUGAUUUGAUUCGGCCCCGUGUUGCUGUGCAUGUUCUUGUCACAGCAUGCUGCAGGGGGUUUGCAGAUGUGGUGGGCACUCUACUGGAGUGUGGUGUUGAUGUUGAUGAAACGGAUAGAUUGAUGCUGUUGUCAUCUAAGCCUUCUCUGCAUGCAAAUGUUGACUGUAAUGCAAUUGUUGCUGCUGUAGUUAGUCGGCAGGUUGCAGUUGUCCAUUUGCUUCUCAAGGCCGGUGCAAAGACAGAUUUCAAAGUUAGACUGGGAGCGUGGUCGUGGGAUGCAACUACAGGAGAAGAGUUUCGAGUGGGUGCUGGACUUGCAGAGCCAUAUGCCAUCACCUGGUGUGCGGUGGAGUAUUUUGAAAUCACUGGCACUAUCUUGCGAAUGCUCCUCCAGCAUCUCUCUCCUGACACUCCUCACCAUGGAAGAACUCUCCUCCACCAUGCCAUUCUCUGUGGAAAUGCUGCCGCCGUCAAUGUGCUCUUAAGCAGUGGAGCCAAUGCAGAGGCCUCUGUUAAAACCCAGAAAACAGAGUUCCGACCAGUACAUAUGGCUGCCCGUUUAGGCUCAUCUAAAACCCUCCAAUGCCUCAUUGACUCUGGCUGUGAUAUAAACUCGAGGACUGAUUCUGGAGACACUGCUCUAAUGAUAUGCGCCAAAUACAAGCAAGAAGAGUGUCUGAGAAUAUUGGCUAUGGCCGGUGCUGAUUUUGGCUUAGUUAAUACUGCUGGCCAAUCUGCAACUUCACUCGCUGGUUCAAACCAGUGGUCUCUUGGUUUCCAGCAAAUAAUACUUGAAGUUAUCAGGGCUGGAAAGAUUCCCAUAUCCAGCAGUGCUUCUGUUUUCUCUUCACUAAUCUUUGUAGCUCAAGCUGGUGAUAUAGAAGCCUUGAAAGCACUCAUCAAGUGGGGAGAAGUUGAUAUUGAUUAUCAGGAUGAUAGUGGUUUCUCAGCCGUCAUGUUUGCAGCUUUAAAUGGUCACGUUGAAGUAUUUCGACUGCUGGUCUAUGCCGGGGCUGAUGUAAAGCUUUGUAACAAAGCUGGCGAAACUGCAAUCACCCUUUCUGAAAUGAAUCAGAAUCACGAUCUGUUUGAGAAGGUGAUGCUUGAAUUUGCUCUUCAAAUGGGCAACCGCAAUGCUGGAGGAUUCUAUGCAUUGCACUGCGCAGCACGGCGUGGGGACGUGGAUGCAGUCAAAUUAUUGAUAAGUAAAGGUUAUAAUGUAAAUGUCCCUGAUGGGGAUGGCUACACUCCUCUCAUGUUGGCUGCUAGAGAGGGCCACGGGUCCAUGUGCGAGCUCUUGAUCUCACACGGGGCUCAAUGUGAAAUCAAGAACGCUAGAGGUGAAACAGCACUCUCACUCGCAAGGAGAUAUGUUGGCACAAAAAAUGAGGCAGAACGAGUAAUACUAGACGAGCUUGCUUGCAAGCUGGUGUUAGGUGGUUCACAGGUACUGAAACACACCAAGAGAGGGAGUGGUGUUCCGCAUGGAAAGGAGAUAAAAAUGAUCGGAGAAGCUGGCGUUCUUAGAUGGGGAAAAUCAAGUAGGAGAAAUGUAAUAUGCAGGGAAGCAGAAGCGGGGCCAAGCCCAACCUUUCGUAGGAAUAGGCGGAGGAGGGGUGAUGCUGAUGUUCCUGGUCUGUUUCGGGUUUUGACUACUAAGAACAAGGAGGUGCACUUCGUAUGUGAUGGUGGGCUGGAGAUGGCUGAGCUCUGGGUCAGGGGAAUACAACUCAUGUCAAGGAAGGCUAUCUGCGGUUAGGUAGCACAAUGGGACAUGGAUUGGAGGGUCAUAUCUAGGAAGAGCAUGUAUAGAAUUUUAGAAGCACUUCAUCUUGAAGGAGGCCGUCACAUUUCGUGACAAAACUCCUGCUGCAUGGAAAGGCCAUCCAUGGCUGAAUUGAAUUGCUGGAUCUGGCUUAGUAAUUAGAUGUUUAGAAGAUACUUCAUCUUGAAGUAGGCUGUUGCUUUUCAUGCUUUGGUUUUGAUCUCAAUAGCUGUAAAUGUUUCUCUCUUUCUUGUUUUUUUUCGUUCAAAUUAAAAUCAGCAGCAUUUGAUCACCAUGCA